AUGGAUAGAGUGCUGUUGAAAUACAUUUUUGACGAACUGUGUACCAGUUUCAACAAAAAGGAAAAAACCUCUUACAGUAAAAAAAAAGAAGACAGUGAUGACAACAGUCAGAAUCAAGUUAACUACUGCAUAACGCUGCAGGAGUUGUUCGAAAAUUUGGAGAGAAAUAAAAACGUGCACAUGGAUGUGCACAUGAAGAGAGAAGUGCUGCGAGUUUUGUAUUACUGCAAAGAUGUAAGCAUGUCACAGCAGGGGAAGAAUGCGGCCGCGCCCGAACAACUCGGCAAGCCGCGGGCGAACAGUUGUAGAGCCCACCUAGACCAAUACAACAACAGUGUUGAAUCACCCCUGGAGGAAGACCCAAAUAGCCUCCUAAACGCAGCCACUGAAAUCAGCCUCUACAUAAACAACAUCUACAUAUACAACAAGCACAAUCUGUUUUACUACGAACGAAUUAAGGAGUGCAAAGAGAAAAUUUUGAUCCUGUUGUACAUCGUUUCGGGCAAGUACGACGGACUAAUUCAGAGCUCUCUGGCCAAGUACCUCAACAUGGAUGUCAAAAUGGUGCACUACCACCUAAAGGUACUUUUCCAGUAUUUGCUAAUAAAAAAAAUAAGCAUCAACAUAAGCAGCAUGGAGAAAACAUUAGACUAUAGCAACCACAACGCACAUAGUAACAGCAGCAGCAGCAACACCAUAAAGUUAAACCCCUCCUACAUCCUAUACUUUAACAUUUAUUUUAUAUACAAUUUGCUGCCCAUAUUUAUAAAGAACGUGCUAUACUCGCAGAACGUCCUUUCGAUAAAUAAAAUUAUUUUACACCUCCUAAAGAGGUUCAUUAUAAUACCACAGAAAAUUUUGUCCCUCAUAUUUUUCAAACUGCUAAUUGUGUACAACCCGUACUAUUAUAUACAAAUUAAAAAGGCGCUGAAAAUUUUCAAUUCCAUUUUGUCCCACCUCAUUUGUAAGAAAAAAAUAAUCAUGUGCAAAAUUAAAAUCCAUUCAUCGUACGAAAAUUGCUAUUUAAAUUAUGAAAAUAAAGAUAAAAUAAAUUACGACAAUAUUAUUAACUUUCUCAUUCUGUUUUACUACAACUAUGAUUACCUCAUCAAGUUUAUAAACAAAUCUUGCUACUUGAUGUGUGAAGAUUAUGUCCAGAAAAUUGAAUUCAAAAAUGAGUUCUUCAGGAGCAACGUUACCAAAGAGAGUGCCUGGGACCAACUGGGGAUGCACCUAAAAAGGGGGGACACCUCCACCCAGUCGGCACAGCAUCAUAGCGAGAGGGGUGCCCUCCACGGGAAGGUCGAGCACUCGAAAGGUCACACGAUAGGGAGUACGCCGUGUCGCCAAACGGAUAAUAGCGCACCUGAUGGGGACCCACCCCCGAUGAGCCGCGUCCACCCAAACGAAAGCGCCGUCGACGCACCUCAAAGGGACAUCCCCUUGGGGGAAGAAGAAAACAUCUUCAUGAAUGAAAAAAACUGCAAUUUGCAAAUAAACGAGUUCAAAAAUUACAUGGAUUUAAACAUCCACGACAGACUUAACGACACGGACUAUUACUCCAGCUCUCAUAACGGGAAGGAAGAAUCAAGCGAAUCAGAGUUUUCCUUUCUCUAUGGAAAUAAAAAAGCCGACGAUUUGCCGAAACAAACCGAAGAAAUUAACAAACCGAUUGAAGAUGGAAACAAAAAAUCGUCCUCCUCACAAUCGUCUGCCUCUUCCACAUUUGACAGCGAUUCGGAUAACAACGCCUACACCAAUCACUCUGGUAGGAAUAAAAAUUUGCUCUUGAACCACCUCUCACUGUACAACAAAAUUAAGUACCUAAUUAUGAGCAAAGGGAUAAGCGGAAUGACGACUAAGGAAAUCUCGCAGGUACUCCUCAUGUCCAUCAAAAAAACAAACACCUUUCUUAGCAAGCUCGUUCGAAACAAAGAAGUUGUAAAAAUUCCAGAAAGGAAGGACAAAAGUUUUAUGUAUCGAUUUAUUGACAAUUACAUGUACCAGUAUGUGCAGAAGAGGCCGCGGGCCCUUGCCGGCAAGGCUAAUCAAACGUUGCAAGGUGUAAUAAAAAGUGACGAGGUAGCUCCAGGGGAGGAAAUCACUGUAGAUGAUCAGUCCUUAAAAGGGAACAGAAAUGUUCUUCCCACUGACCAAAUGAUGAGCGGCUCACCAGACCAAAACGGUAGUGCCCCCCCAACGGAUAACCUCACCGUAAGUACCAUCCAACCGACCGAAAAACCAAACAGGUACAACACCACGCAGGAAAACUUUAGUCACAUCCAAUUUAACAAACUAAACGAAUCCCUAAAUGUGUUAAACUAUAUCAACACGGUGAACGAAAUAGACAUGAACGUGUUGACCUACAUCAUACCGAAGCAGAAGGACUCAGUGGACAGUUUCGCCAACUACAAAGAUUUUUUUGACCAUUAUGUGAAGAACUUCAAAACUUUUGAAGAUAAAUAUGAUUUGUACACGUGCAGUUUUCAUUUCUUUUACUACUUAAAAUUUGUUCUCAAACGGGACAUCAGCAAUUCCACCCCCAGAUGCAGCAGUGCAGAGGUGAGGAAGCAGAAGAGUCAGACUGCCACUCUAAAAGAAUCUACAAACGAUGAAACGUUCGCAAUGUGCCAAGAUGACCCCACCUUAAAUAAGGUAGACUCAUCCGAAAAAGACAUCGAUUUUAUUAAGUACUUCAUGGAAGAUACGACCAAGUUAAAAAGUAACCUCUUUAUUAAGAGACUCUUCAUUUUUUGCCACUUCCUGCUAAGUUCCAAGGUGACUACAUUUCGGUACCUCCAAGAUUUAUUCAUCACCAUAGAGAACAAUGGAAGGACGAUUGACAGGAAAUCCGUUCAAAGGCUUUUUAAUUACUCCACCAAAAUUAAUGCCUUCUUUAAAAAGUACACUCUUCUUAACAGCAAAACGGUUAAGUACUACUUCUACGAUUCGAAUGCCCUAUCCGAAAAGCAGUCUAACGAUUUGUAUGCAAAAAUUCAACAGGACUAUGCCAUUUCGUCGUAUAAGCAUGCGAACCCUAAUGAUAAAACGAAUAAAGAAAAAACAGAAUAUUAUAACAUAUCCAGUGGUAACAUCAUCAGUAAGAAGUUUAAAUACACCGUUAAUAUUUUCAACGACAAAGCGAAAGGUAUCACCGAUUCUGCGCAGCAAGGGGGGAUCCCCACAAAAGAUGAUUCCAACGUGACCGCACAGAUGCACAGUAACGAGGCAGAUGGUGCUUAUUUUUCGUCCAACCGGGAAAAGGCACUGGAAGAAGAUUUUAUCGAUCUGACGGAGUAUCCUGAAAAUGGUCCCCACAGGGGAGUAUCAUCGUACAAUUUUUCAGCUCCAUGUGAAGACCCCAAUAUGUGGCCCAUCACUCUCUACAAUGGAGAAGCGAAUAUAAAUGCCCCUAAUGAUAACCUCCACGGCACAAAAGAUAGAUGCAACCAGACGGGUUCUAAUUUGUCCUCUCCAAUUCCGAAUAACUCAAUGAUAAGUUCAUUCACCCCUGUGGAAGUAGCCAACCGAAGCAGCAAGCGAAAAAUGGCCACACCUCCAACCCAGUCGCUCAGUAAAAGAGGCAAAAUGGAGCAAUCGCACCAAUUUUAUGCAAUUGAGAACAAACUUCCCAGUGGCGAAAAUGGGAAAGCAACUCCCUACCACUUCAGUAAAAGUGGCAUAAAUUCCACCCUAAAUGAUAAAAACGAAAUUUCCAGAGGGAGACACCCCCUAGGGGAAACACAAACUAACAACCCUAGUGGACAACCCAACCGCAACAACAACGCUGCGACCAGUUUAAGCCAAAACGGAACGGCCUGCAACGUGCUCUAUAUUGACAUUCUAAACGAAUCAGCCUUCAAGUGCAAGGAAAAUCAAAUUAUUAGCAAAAAAAUAAAAACCAGCAAAGUGUUUCAAAAUUUUAAAACCACCCAGGAAUUCUCCUACAGCAUAAACUACUUCAACGGGUACAUCUUUUCAAAAAUGACCAGAUAUAAAUAUUUCCACAAAUGCUUAAUAAGGAUACUAAAGGGGAAGAAGAGGAAAAGGAAAAGGGCAAGACAAACGCGCACGGCAGAAAAGGAAAACGAGUGUGAUACACAGGCUGUACUCACUCCAAACCCGGAUAACCCAAAAAAGAGGAAAUUAUCAUAUAUAGAAGAAGCGAAAAGGAAAUCUUCCCCUAAAAAGGCCCACAAGGAACCCCAUAAAGCAUCCCACAAAUCACCCCCCAAUCGAAGCAGCAACGCACUAACCGUGAAGGACAUUUUGAAAAAUCUCUACCUAGACGAAUACCUAAAAAUCAUCAGCGUGGGAUGCAAACUCAAUUACAUCGAAAAUUACCUCCUACAGGAGAAACGAAAAAAGAGAAUGAAAGAUUUGCCCCCAAUUUUGUUCGAAUUUUUGACGUCCUAUUCUUCACUAAAUUGUAGCAAGCAACGCAUGAUCGAAAGUUUUCUCCUAAACAAGAAUGAUCACUCGCAUUUCCCCAACUCGUCAACAAGCUCAUUCGUAAUAAAGGGAAAAACAGAGAGCCAUAUGACCUCCCCACCGCUUUACACAACAGAGGCGGAAAAACCCACCCACAGUGCCACUACAAAUGGAGAACAGAAAAGCACGCGAGCCGCGGACAAACCAGAUGAAAAACCAAACAGUGACCAUCUGUGCCAACACGACAUCAACAUUAUCAAAAGCAGUGACAAAAUAUGCGUGUUCUUUUUCCUCUACAGGAAGUUAAAAUUUCUCUGCAACAUGAAUUUAGUAAAACUUAAAUUUGAAGACAUGAACAAAAAUAUUCCCCACAAAUGGAAACCCAGCGUAGGUUCAAAUCAAAAAAAUAGGGAACUUAAUUUAUCCUUCCUAGAUUUAAAAAAGAACAAUCUGCAGAUUAUUAUCCGGCAAAACGUUAGCAUCCAUUUGUUCUCGUCCAAAAAGGGGAAAAAGAAAUUGCCGAUCUACAACAUGCUUCGCUACAACCACUUCGAAGAAUACUACUACAACCUAUAUCUAAUCGUCGAACGGUUCAAGAAAUUCCUCGUUGAAGGCCACCUGCAAAAAAAUGCGAGCGAAAAACUGACCCUACAAGACAUUCUCAAGAGCUCCAAAAUUAAAAACAAAGGACUGAAGUCUCUCCUGCUGCACAAUGCCUACACCAACCAAUUAUUCCUAACGAGGAAACUCAGAAAUCUGUUCAUAAGCUUAGUUAAAGAAGUGAAAAAAAAAAACAUUUCAAAUUCGAAGCUAGCCGAAAAUUUAACAACCUACAGGGAAUACAACACAUUUAGGGAAUCAUAUAACGUCUCUAGAAGUAACAUUGAAAAAUACUUUUCCAUCUUUUACGAUUGGUACAGUAAAGAAAAAAAUGGAGGCGCAACCAUGACAGAGAAGGACCUGUCCUUUUCAUGCCCCUUCUGCAACAACGUAUAUUUUUUUAAAAACGAUUUGCUCAGCCACAUAUCUAAUGUGCAUAAUGUGAACAGGAAUUUUUCAGACCUCAUUUCCUUCUUUUCAAAUUCGAAGCAAAUGAUACAUAAGAAGCUGAGCGAUUUUUUGAAGAUCAAAAAUAGAGUCAAAGAAAACUCGAGCGGCUUCUCGCCCUACAAUUUUGGCAGUCAUUUGAGUAACCUCAAUUUGGCCAUCGCAUCUAGGGGGAGGAAUGCCAUAGGUAUAGGAGAAUCCCACUCACUGCAUUACACUGGCCAAACCGCCAACAUAUGCGGACCCCAAAUUGGAGCCCCCUAUGAUGCAUUUAAAAAACAGUUGGAAAAGGGGCCACAAAUGAAUCACCCAAGGAGAGCAGUCACUUCAUCUAAAGAGAUCGAGCUGCCGCACCAAGAAUCCACACACAUGAAGAGAAAACACACAGAAAUGGCUGCUAAGCGAGAUAGGGCCAACGGUACACACUAUGAAAAACAUGCCAAUCUUCCCCUAAGCAUCUGCAAAAAGGGGAACUCCAAACAUUUGAACAAUUUCAUAGAAAAAGUAAAGGUAAAAUACUCCCUGCGAAUAGUUUACAUUUAUUUCGUAACUGUAAUUGUGAAGCUGGCCAUGUCGCAGAAAUGUUUGGAAAAAGAGAAAAAAAAAAGGGAACGCCAAAAUGAGCAAUUUCCCCUGGACAAACCGCUCCCAAAUGGAGAAAAUAAUUCCCCAUCAGGGUGGACUCUACCAAUCAAUGAUAAUGACGAAAUGGAUAGAAACACCCCACGGGAUAUUCCAAACGGAGGGGAAGUAACCGGGGCACGAUCCUCAAACGAGCGAAAGAAAUUGCACGCGAAGAAGAACAAACUGAUGAAGGAGCGAAGGAAAAAAGGGAGGCUGCCCAGUGGAGUCACCACUACACACCCAAGUCGUCACCAUAAAGGGAACGAACUGAAACGCCGUAACAGACAAAGCGUGGAAGUAGUACCCUCCCCUUCGGAAACGCCAAACCAUCUCAACAAUUUUGCCUCCAUUCAGCUGAGAAAAUUCCACGUAAUAUACCAUUUAAAAAAUAGGACAAACUCGGAACCGUACAGAAAGAGCAUAUGGAUUAAGGCAAACAAUAUGAUGGUCGGAAAAUUCAAACAGAACGUUUGCAUGUACAUCCAGAAAAAGCUAUUUCUCUAUUUCAAAAAGAAUAUUGUUCAUUAUUUUUUCAUUUUGUCGAAUGAAAAUUUGGCCAGGUGUAUUUUGAACUACUUUGCAACGCACAUAUACAACUGUACCUACACCAACAUCAAUUAUUACUACGAUAAGUACAUAAAGAAUAUUUUCCACUUCAAAUUUAUUUCGCUUGUAAAUUUGUUAAAAAUUUUUAUAAUCAAUUAUGGGGAUCAAUACGCGCUGUACAGGGAAAUUACCAAACCGUUGUACUUUCAAAAAAUGAAGGAUAUAAAAAAUGCCCUAAGAUUUAUAAAAAAAAAAAAUUACGUCGUGGAUACGUCCUACGUCCUCUCCUAUUACAUUGCCAAUGACCUAGUAUGCGACAAUGUGUAUUCCUACUUAAUUUAUAAAUCCAUUUUUUACAAAAAGAAGUUAUCUUUAUCUUUGAAAAAAUCUUUUUUGGACAACGUUGUGGAUGUUAUUUACCUCUAUGGGAUUUACCACUCGAAGAAAAAUGCGGAGAGCGCCCAGGCAGAUGCGCUGCACAGAAAGGAGAACAUCCCAAACUGUCAUUUAGGGGAACUACUCUACCACAUCGAUGCAGUGUACGACGAUGAAGAUGGCAUAAACGGUCUGGAUGCCCAUUUUGAGAAAUUCCCCAGCAGUGCCACGCCGCAGAACGGUUACAAACAUGCCAACUUCGACGCUCAGCCGAAUCGGCACCCCCUGCUAAACGGUUUGAACAGCCAUACGUAUGAUCAGGGGGAAUGCCCGGUCCGUUCCCACGACUCCAAUGAUGCCAUGCAAAGUGAUAACCUCACGAACGGAAGUUCUAAUGGAGAAUGCACGAAACACUACUUCCAAAAGAAGCUUACAAUUUUCGACUUAAAUUACUAUGUGCAUAAUUUCCUCAAGGGGGAAAUGAUCCUGUGCGCGUGUAAUAACUACAUACUGGCGGAUGAGGAGGGCCACACUGGGGGUGGAGACCCCAUCGGGGGUGACCACUACGAGGCAGAUGACUCCUACCAUUUUGGCAACUUCGAGGGGGACCACUACGCGGAUGAUCACUAUGCGGAUGAUCACUAUGCGGAGGAUCCCUAUGUGGGCAAUCCCUAUGGGGACGAUUCCUACCCCGACGAGGGCGACUCCUCUCAGCGUGGUAGCCAACUGAGCGACAUCGAAAAGGAGACCCACCCGCGAGGAACAGAAAAAAAAUGCAAACGGAAAAACCACGCACAAAAGUCAAAACGAACCAGAAAAAAACGAACGAGCAAUUCCACCUCUCACAGUUUUAAAGGCAAAAGGGGAAACAAACCAAACGGUGAGGACUACCCAAGCGGCUGCUACAAAGAGGAAGAAAAAGCCAUGAGUUACACAUCAUCCAGUGCCAACGACUCAGAUAUAUUUGACAACCUUUCAGAUGAUUUCGAAAUUAUCAAGCUGCUAGAAAAUGCAAAUGAUGGAAGAAAGAAAGUCCUCGGAGGAAUAACCAAACAUAUAAAAUGUCUAACGAAGCACGUUAGUGAGUACUUUCCCAAUUACUACAUCCUAAACCAUUGUGAAAAGAAAAAAAUCGAAAAAAGAUUGUCUCAAAUUUUCUCCACUGGUAAAGAUAAAAAUUGUUCCAAAUUGAAUAACUCCCUGAGGUGGUUAUACCACCACACCGGUCAGCAAAACAACAGUCUCUUUACGUAUUUUAAAAAAUAUUGCCUACACAUAUACGAGAAUCACAUCAGAGGUACGGUGCCGACUAGCCAAUUUAAAAAUUCCCUCCUCCUAAAUGUUAAUGACACGAAUAGGGUUAACUUUGCGAACCUUUUCUGGAAAUAUGUACAGCAAAAUAACUUCCACAACAGCAUCAUUUAUAGUAAGAACAAAUUACUAAUUUAUAAUGUUAGUAAAAAAUCUUUCAUCGAUUUUGAUUGGUACCCUCAGAAUAUCCACCUGUAUAACAUCGCCUACAUUUCGAAUGCCCCCAAGAGAGUCGACUCUUUAUUGGAUGUUCAAGUUACCAAUCUGAAGAACAGCGUUUACUGGCUCGAAAGAGACAAUCAUAAGAGGCCCAAACUGGGGAACAAAAAAAGGAGCGCCCAUUCUGCUUCGCUUAUGACAAACGAAGGACAGCCAUUCGAACAGAGGUACCAGCAGAAAGGGCCAGAAAUUGCACCCACGGGUGGCUACCCCAAACAGGGAAAGGAAACACCCGCAAAAUCACCCCACCGCUGUAACGCACGGAAAAACCCUUUUGUAAAAAAAGUGAAGGUUAAAAAAGGAAAAGCAAAAAAGGUGAACACCCUUAAGGAGUCCUUCAUCUUCGUUACGCAAAUUUUAUAUCACGUUUUUUACCUCAGCGAUAUGCUAAAGGCAUACGAUGAGUGUGCAGACUGUGAGGGGGACGCGUCGGAAAAAAAGCAGAGGAAAAUCCCCCCAUCUGGAAGGCUCAACGAGAUGUACAGAGGCCACGACAACGAUAUAGCUAAGCAUCAUGGCGUAAUGGGGGAAGGUCCUUCCUCCUGUGCAGAUAGUGCAAAAUGUCGAAGUGAUACCGCAAAUAGGGAACCUGGAGAGGCCGACGAGGAGGAAGGUCCACUUGAUGACCGGCCAAUCGAACCGCCAACCGAACUGCCAACCGAACUGCCGAACGAACUACCCAAGGGCGACCGCGAAGAGCACUACAACCUGAACAAGUUCAAGCCGAACGAGCUGAGAGUCAUAAGAAUGGCGGGGCGGCUUAACGGCCAAAAAGCGAAGAAACGCAACGCCGCACAGAAAGAGGCUGCCCAUAUGGAGAUCCCCAGUAAAGACAAAACAAACGCCCAAAAGAGCCCCUCCCUGUUCAACAAAAUAAUACGCAAAAUGAUAUUCAUCCUUCUAACUGUUAAGAAAAAAAAAAAAGAAGGGCGUUUUAUGGAUAGCUUAAAAAAAAUGUACUUACAAGAAUUUUUAAAAAACACAACUUAUGGCAAAUACACACAGGUAAAAAAGGAAUACGAUUUUAUUCUUUUCCUCCUACACAAAUUAAACCUUAUAAAUAUAUUCCCCCUCAUGAAUACGCACAAGAUAUUUCUGCCCAAAUAUCAUAGCGAAAAUAAUGCGUGCAAAAGGAAAAAUGUCUUUUAUGAGCACAACGUGAAGUACCCCUUUUUGAAUAUGAUAAAUAUCCACUUGGCGAAUUUCAAACUGGAUUUUAAGAAAAUCACAGAGAGGGACGCCGAAAUCUUCGAGAAGUUCCUACUGCAGAGGGGAGUGCUCCCGAACGGUGCGCUGCAAAUCCGAAGGGAAAAAAUGCAAAACUGUCAAAAGAAAGACACACACGCCGUGAAUGUGGAGGAAAAAUACGUGGGCAAGAAGAACGUUGGAGAAAAGGUCAUUUACAAGGGGAGGAAGCUAGCCUAUACUGACUACAUAUACAUAAAUUACACAAAUAACAACACGCUGAGGAAACCGAAUUUCAUUCCGAGACUAAUUCUGCUGUUCAACCUCCCAUGCCACAUCAUCAUUCAUGAUUAUUUUUUCCUCUACCUGUUGGAAUAUUUUUGUAAAAUGAAAGAGUCCCUUGGGGAAGAAACGCAAAGCGGAUUUAAAGAGAAUCACAUUUAUCGCACCAAACUGGGAGAUAAACUGCUGUACCUUAUUGAAAAUAAAUCCUACCCCCGCGUUAUAAGAUACAUAAAAAGUAUUAUUAACAAGGCGUGCAAGUAUUUUGAGCAUAUGCUCUUCUCAUAUAAGCGGAAAAACGAUUCCCCAUUUUGCAAAAGCGUUACGCUGUACUACUUUAAUGAUGACUACAUAAAUGUAAAUAGCUUUACGUACAUGAAUGGAAGUACCAACGUGAAAUUUAUUUUUUUUUAUAUUUUAAAAGUGUUCUUUUACCUCAAGGCGAAUCCGUUCUCCUCCAUCUUUGACAUAUACAAGAGUAUCGAAAUUCUGAGCUUCUGCGACCUGAACUUCCUCCUAAGAGGCAUGUGCCAGGACAACUUCAUUUCCUUCAAACUGAUGUACGUAUCGAAGAGGAGCGAAAUGUACAAGCUAAACAAAAAUUACAAAAUUGUUAACCAAUUUGACAAUUUGGUACUCAACGAAAAGAAGAAGAAGAAGAAGAAGAAGAAGAAAAAAAAUAGAGCGUUAUCAUCAUUAGCACCCCCCCCAGGGAAGAAACGGGCCUGCUACAUAUUUGGCAACAGCACAAGCUCGGGUGAGGCACUUUCCACGGAUGAUUAUGAUGAUGAUGAUGAUGAUGAUGAUGAUGACAUUUUGAAGAAGGGAAAGCGAAGAAAAAAGGGAACAGACCGAGCAAAUAGCACGAAUCGCUCUAGUUGGACAACACCUCAAAGGAUGAGCGGCGCCAAGGGUGCCAACUUCACUCUCAAAAGAGGACGAUACUGCGCCCCUGCCAAUUACGACGCUUUUCUUGAAAAAAUGAUGUACAAAAAGGUGAAGCUUUAUUACGUGGCCGAUGAGGGGGUCAUUUUUGAAAAAUACGCCGGCACGUUAUGGGGCUGA